AUAGUGGAACUCCCUUUUGUCUCUGUGACUUUUAUGACCUAGCAACACUAAACCCUGACCUUGCCUAUCACUAUGUACUGAAACUUUGUGGGAGCUGUCGUCACCGUUAGUACAUUUUUAUGCCACAGACCCAGUCCGGCCCCCUUCAUGUGUGACUGUGUGACCGUGUCCUUUCUCCUCCCACUGGUGAGGUUACCUGUUUAGGUGGGGAGGCAGGAAGGAUAAAUGCCUAAAACCCUCCGUUCCUUUCUGAGGAGGGACAAGAAAGGGCCAAGAGCUCAGUGCCGACAGUCAAAGGUUCACGAGCCCGGUGCUUCCAGAGAAAGGCUUCAGAACACGUUACUGCUCAUCAUUUAUUCUUCAGCUCAUCAAAGACAGAAAGAGUAUUAUCGACGGGAGAGCAGCUGAGAGGGUGCCGUGAAGGGAUCAGCCAUGCUUGGAGGCACCCACACAGAUUUGUUGGUCGCAGUGGCUUUACUCUUUCUGACAGGGACUCAGUGCAGAGCUGAAGAUGACCUUUUAUUAGUUACUUUACCAGAGAGGAGAGCAGAUGCAGAAUAUGUUACACAGUGUUUCUAUGGUGGAAACAUGAAUCCAGUUUGUGACUGGGCAAGGAGCCAAACGACAACAGCUCCAGAGAAUGUUUUAGUGAGUGUUUUAGAGAGCGGUCCACUGGGGUUGGAGGGCGAGGCCUGCCUGGAGUUCUGGUUCUUGGCCCCUGUUGCAGCUAGGGGCUCUGAACUGCGUGUCCUUCUGAAAACCAGCGUAGGUCUGGAAGAAAUCUGGACCUCUCCUGCCCUACCCAAAGAUGCAUGGAGACAGGUGUUUUUGCCACUGUAUAUCACUGAACCAGGCACCCAGGUUGUAUUCGAAGCAGCCCAAGCUUUGUCUAUAGAUGAGCAGAUCACAUUCAGGCAGAUGGGCGUGAGAAGAGGCCCAUGUGGACACCAGUGUGAAUCCAACACAGAUUUAUGGACAGAUGAGUCCACUCGCUGCCUCUGCUCUGUUGGCCAGCUCCUCUGCUUUCCCACUCAGUGCCCUACGGGCCAAAUCUGUGGUCCUCAAAGAAAUGGCUCCAGUGGGAAUCACACCUCUGGGAUGUGCACUAUACACAGUCACACAGACUGCAGCACUUUUGAUGGAGUGUUGUUCCGCUUCAUGGCCCCCUGCACCUAUGUACUAGCUAAGACCUGCUCAAGCACCGGAGACCUGCCCGUGUUCAGUGUUAAAGUGGUCAACGAGCAGAACGGCAACGCGUCUCUGCCGACUGUCGAGCAGAUCAUUGUGGAUAUGGGGAACGUGCGAGUGUCCCUAUUGAAAAGGCAGACACAACAGGCUGUGGUUAAUGGCGUCUGGAGGAAGCUUCCACUCAGCCUCAGCAGUGGAACUAUUCACAUCAAAAGCAACCCUGCUGCUGUUGUACUGGGAACCAGUUUUGGCCUUUCCGUCUCGUAUGAUAAGGCCGGUGAUGUCCAUGUCUACCUGCCCUCCAAAUACUCCGAUAAAGUCUGCGGCUUGUGCGGCAACUUUAACCAGCUCAGAGAAGACGACUUCCGCAAGGCUGAUGGCACAAAUGCACACAACGCUACGGAUUUAGCCAAGAGCUGGCAGGCCGGCGAAGCGACGUCGUCCUGUGAAACCAUUCUAGUUCCUCAUCAGUGUGACCCACAGGAGGCGGCGGAGCAUGCCAGUGAUCUGUACUGUGGGGGCCUCCUCUCUAGCACCGGGCCCUUUGCUGACUGCUUAUCAGUCCUAGGUGUGGAAAGCUAUUUCAGAGGCUGUGUGGUGGGCAUGUGUUCUACUCAUGGUGACCCAGCAGUAUUGUGUGAGGCGUUUGAUGCCUUCGCUGAUAUCUGCAAAGAGGCAGGAGUCGCGGUGCCUAUGUGGAGGAACUCCACAUUCUGCCCCCUUCAGUGUGGCGAGAACAGCCACUAUAACUCAUGUGCUGAUGGCUGUCCCGAGGUGUGCUCCAAUCUGGAUCUAGUUGGCUCUUGUGGAACCUGUGAGGAAAGAUGUGAGUGUAACACUGGCUUCAAGCUCAGCGGAGAAAAGUGUGUCCCAGCAGAGGACUGUGGGUGUUGGCAUAAAGGAAAACACUAUGAGAAAGGGGAAACAGUGGUGGAGGGAGAUUGUUUGCAAUGGUGCCGGUGCAUGGGUAGCGACGCCAUGCAGUGCACCGCGAUGCAAUGCGCGGGCCGUGACGUUUGUAAGGUGAAGGACGGGGUCAAAGGCUGCUUCCCUUUCGAACCCGUCAUCUGCCAUGUGUAUGGAGAUCCGCACUACAUCACCUUCGACAACAAUGCCUACGACUUCCAAGGGGGCUGCAGUUACACGCUGACUACCACAUGCACCAGAGAAAGCUCGGUCCAUUUCACUGUAAUUGGACACAACAUGCAUCCCCCCCUCCAGAACUUCACCAGGUCCAAGUUUGAAGCCGUGACUCUUCAGGUUGAGGAUCUGUACCUGACCAUGAAUCAGAGCGGAGAGGUCUAUGUGCAUAACAGUCGUGUCCGACUCCCCUAUAACACCAGUGGUAUAUAUGGUUCAGUAUGGGUCCACAUGACCGAGAAUUAUAUGAUCUUGGACACGUCAUUUGGCCUCAGAAUUGGAAUAGACGGGGAGCACAGGAUGUUCCUGCAGGUGGACGAGCGCUACAGGUAUGAACUGUGUGGACUGUGUGGCACUUACUCCGGACAACAGGACGAUGACUUCAUCACACCAGACGGCAAAAAUGCAAUUGAAGCCUUUGAGUUUGGUGACAGCUGGAGGGUGCCAGACAAUAAUGAGUGUGUAGCCCAUCCAAACAAUGCCAGACUCUGUGAUAAUGAUGAGCUGACUGAGGCCAAGAAUCAGUGUUCCACACUGUUCGGGGCAAACUUCCAGAACUGCCAUGAACACGUUCACCCAAGCAUCUACCUCAGUAGUUGUGUGUCUGACUACUGUGCCACAAGUGGUGACCAACACACACUGUGCGAAUCUCUGAAGUCCUAUGCAGUAGCAUGCCAGGUUGCAGGAGUGGAACUUCCUAACUGGCAGGCGGGUACAGCCUGUGACUUUCCAAACACCGAAGCUCCUGUCACAACUCCAAGCUCUACCUCUCCAACUGCAGAUCAGAUCUUAUGUCCCAUGAACUGCAACUUUGAAAACAAUCUGUGCGGGUGGGAACAGCUCAUACAGGACAGUUUUGAUUGGACAAGACAUUCAGGACCCACACCUUCAAAUCUAACUGGGCCAAAUCAAGACCACACCACUGGAGCUGGUUUUUACAUGUACCUCGAGGGAAACAGCGUUACCCAUGGAGACUCUGCCCGUCUAUUGAGCUCAGUGUGCCACUAUGACGGCCCACUCUGCCUGCAAUUCUGGUACCAUAUGUACGGUUCAGCAACAGCCAUGGCUCUCAAUAUCUACCUGCUGAAAGACAAUAAAGCCACCAAGCGCUGGUCCAUGAUGAACAACCAGGGACCAGAAUGGCAUCAAGGAAAUGUUGAUAUCAGAGUCAACGGUCCAUUCCAAAUCAUAGUGGAGGGAAUUCGAGGCGCUAAUGAUCAGUCAGAUGUGGCCAUAGAUGACAUGUCUAUCCAUUUUGGCACAUGUUCAGACAUUUCCCCUGGCCUGGUUGGCAGAACUGAGCUUCCUCCCACAACUGCAGAAGCUCUCCCCUCACACCCAGUCUGCAAUCUUGACUGCAGCUUUGACAGCAACCUUUGUCGCUGGAAUCAGAUGAUCACAGAUGCUUUUGACUGGACAUGGCGAAGUGGCUCCACCCCCACCCUAAUGACCGGCCCUUCUGCUGACCACACUGGCGAUGGCCAUUACGUUUAUAUCGAGGCCAGCAGCGUGACACAUGGAGACACGGCUCGUCUCAUCAGCACUGAGUGUUCCGACUCUGGUCCUCAGUGUCUACAGUUCUGGUACCAUAUGUACGGCUCAGCAGAUACAAUGGGUCUCCAUGCUUACCUUGUCCAGAACAGAGUGGCCAAUGCAGUCUGGUGGAAGAGGAAUAACCAAGGAGAUAUGUGGCACUUAGCUCAGGUGGACAUCGAACCGGCUGGAACUUUUCAGAUCAUUAUUGAGGGGCGCAGAGGAUCUAAUGAUGAGUCAGAUGUGGCUAUAGAUGAUGUAAAGCUGUAUGGUGGUCACUGCUCAGAUCUGAGUGGUGUGGUUACAACACAGCCUGCUAAACCUGAUCUUAGUACCACAGCUCCCCCAAGUGUCCCUGUUCCAACCACUGCAGCUCCAGAGCCUUCCACUGCAGAAUCAGUAACUGACCUGGUCACUACGGAAAAAGGUCCAGAUAACACGCCACCCCUACACCCAGUGUGCCAGCUCCACUGUAGUUUUGAGCAUGAUUUAUGUCAAUGGAGUCAGCUGCUUGCUGAUGUUUUUGAUUGGACAAGGCAUAGUGGCUCCACUCCCACCAUGAUUACUGGCCCUUCAUCAGAUCACACCACGGGAGAUGGCCACUAUCUUUACAUCGAAGGCAACAGUGCAACACUUGGAGACACUGCUCGUCUCAUCAGCGCCGAGUGUGCUGACUCUGGUCCUCAGUGUCUGCAGUUCUGGUACCACAUGUAUGGCUCAGCUGAUACCAUGGGCCUCCAUGUAUACUUGAUCCAAGACAGAAAGGCUGAAGCAGUAUGGAGGAAAAGGAAUGAACAAGGAAAUAUGUGGCACCUGGCACAGGUGGAUUUGGAAACAACUCAACCAUUCCAAAUCAUUUUUGAGGGGCGAAGAGGUUCCAAUGAUCAGUCUGAUGUGGCCAUUGAUGAUGUGUCUCUUCAUCGUGGGCACUGUGCAGAUUUGACAAAACCAACCAUCGCUGCUUCUACAACCUUGGAUCCAACUGGAACUGAAGGGUCAGUGCGUCCUUCAACGACCAGCCCGACUGAACCCGAAACUACAGUAACAUCAGAGCAACCAGAUGAAUCCACCAAGACAUCACAAACCACAGUAACAUCACGACCUCCGACUACAACUGAAUCAGCGACACCAUCAGCAAAUACAUUAACAACCCUCACCACAACUCCGACAACCUAUGACACACAAACAACUACAACACCAACAACAACAACCGUAAUCACAACCACUUCAAGUUCUGACCUAACAACAGGAUCACAAGUUCCAAUAACAUCAAGACCAACAACUACAACUGGGCCACAAAGUACACCUGGACCAGAACCUCAAACUACAACUCAACCAGAGACACCACCAGAAACUACAUUUACAACCUUCACCACAACAGUAGCCCCAAAUGACAAUGACACAAAAACCACUACAGAGCCAGCAACAACCGUAAUUCCAAACACUUCAAUUCCUGACGUACCAACGACAGGACCACAGAACCCAAUUACAUCAAGACCAACAGCCACAACUGGGCCACAAACUACACUUGGACCAGAACCUCAAACUACAACUCAACCAGAGACAGCAUCAGAAACAACAUUUACAACCUUCACCACAACAGUAGCCCCAAAUGACAAUGACACAAAAACUACUACAGAACCAGCAACAACCGUAAUUCCAAACACUUCAAUUCCUGACGAACCAACGACAAGUCCACAGAACCCAAUUACAUCAAGACCAACAGCCACAACUGGGCCACAAACUACACAUGGACCAGAACCUCAAACUACAACUCAACCAGAGACACCACCAGAGACUACAUUUACAACACUCACCACAACAGUAGCCCCAAAUGACAAUGACACAAAAACCACUACAGAGCCAGCAACAACCGUAAUUCCAAACACUUCAAUUCCUGACGUACCAACGACAAGACCACAGAAUCCAAUUACAUCAAGACCAACAGCCACAACUGGGCCACAAACUACACCUGGACUAGAACCUCAAACUACAACUCAACCAGAGACACCAUCAGAAACAACAUUUACAACCUUCACCACAACAGUAGCCUCAACUGAUAAUGACACAAAAACUACUACAGAACCAGCAACAACUGUAAUUCCAAACACUUCAAUUCCUGACGUACCAACGACAGGACCACAGAACCCAAUUACAUCAAGACCAACAGCCACAACUGGGCCACAAACUACACUUGGACCAGAACCUCAAACUACAACUCAACCAGAGACACCACCAGAAACUACAAUUACAACACUCACCACAACAGUAGCCCCAAAUGACAAUGACACAAAAACUACUACAGAACCAGCAACAACCUUAAUCCCAGACACUUCAGUUCCUGACGAACCAACAACAAAACCACAGCUCCCAAUUACAUCAAGGCCAACAGCCACAACUGCAACACAAACUACACCUGGACCAGAGACGCCAUCAGAAAGUACAUUUGCAACCUUCACCACAACAGUAGCCCCAACUGACCACGACACACAAACCACUACAGAACCAGCAACAACUGUAAUUCCAAACACUUCAAUUCCUGACGUACCAACGACAAAACCACAGAAUCCAAUUACAUCAAGACCAACAGCCACAACUGGGCCACAAACUACACCUGGACUAGAACCUCAAACUACAACUCAACCAGAGACACCAUCAGAAACAACAUUUACAACCUUCACCACAACAGUAGCCUCAACUGACAAUGACACAAAAACUACUACAGAACCAGCAACAACCGUAAUUCCAAACACUUCAAUUCCUGACGUACCAACGACAAAACCACAGAACCCAAUUACAUCAAGACCAACAGCCACAACUGGGCCACAAACUACACUUGGACCAGAACCUCAAACUACAACUCAACCAGAGACACCACCAGAAACUACAAUUACAACACUCACCACAACAGUAGCCCCAAAUGACAAUGACACAAAAACUACUACAGAGCCAGCAACAACCGUAAUCCCAGACACUUCAGUUCCUGACGAACCAACAACAAAACCACAGCUCCCAAUUACAUCAAGGCCAACAGCCACAACUGCAACACAAACUACACCUGGACCAGAGAAGCCAUCAGAAAGUACAUUUGCAACCUUCACCACAACAGUAGCCCCAACUGACCACGACACACAAACCACUACAGAACCAGCAACAACUGUAAUUCCAAACACUUCAAUUCCUGACGUACACACGACAAGACCACAGAACCCAAUUACAUCAAGACCAACAGCCACAACUGGGCCACAAACUACACAUGGACCAGAACCUCAAACUACAACUCAACCAGAGACACCAUCAGAAAUUACAUUUACAACCUUCACCACAACGGUAGCCCCAAUUGACAAUGACACAAAAACCACUAAAGAACCAGCAACAACUGCAAUUCCAAACACUUCAAAUCCUGACGUACCAACAACAAGACCACAAAACCCAAUUACAUCAAGACCAACAGCUACAACUUCAACACAAACUACACCUGGACUAGAACCUCAAACUACAACUCAACCAGAGACACCAUCAGAAACUACAUUUACAACCUUCACCACAACGGUAGCCCCAAUUGACAAUGACACAAAAACCACUACAGAACCAGCAACAACUGCAAUUCCAAACACUUCAAAUCCUGACGUACCAACAACAAGACCACAAAACCCAAUUACAUCAAGACCAACAGCUACAACUGCAACACAAACUACACCUGGACUAGAACCUCAAACUACAACUCAACCAGAGACACCAUCAGAAACUACAUUUACAACCCUUACCACAACAGUAGCCCCAACUGACCACAACACACAACCCGUUACAGAACCAACAACAACAGUUAUCCCAGACACUUCAGUUCCUGAUGUACCAACAACAAGACCACAGCUCCCAAAUACAUCAAGACCAACAGCUACAGCUGUAACACAAACUACACCUAGACCAGAGACGCCAUCAGAAACUACAUUUACAACCUUCACCACAACAGUAGCCCCAACUGACCAUGACACACAAACUAUUACAGAACCAACAACAACUGUAAUCCCAGACACUUCAGUUCCUGACAUACCAACAACAAGACCACAGAACCCAAUUACAUCACGACCAGCAGCUACAACUGGGCCACAAACUACACCUGGACCAGAACCUCAAACUACACCCGGACCAGAACCUCAAACUACAACUCAACCAGAGACACCAACAACAACUACGUUUACAACUUCCACAACAACAGCAGUUCCAACUGACCAUGACACACAAACCACUACAUUACCAACAACAACUGUAACAGUUAAGCCACAACCCCCAACCACAGUUUCACCAGAUUCCCAAACAACCAACAGACCACAACCUCCAACAAUAACUACACCAAAACUGCCAACAACAACAAUUACAUCAGAGCCACCAUUCACGGUGAAACCACAUUCCACAACAACCUCACCACAACAAACAACUACAGCAAGACCCAUGCCAGCUACAUCUACAAGACCAUCUACAACAACAGCUACACCACAACCAACAACCACACCUGUACCAACGCCCUCUUGUCCAGAGAACAGUCAUUACAACACUUGUACCUCUGCAUGCAGUCCAACCUGCACACACCUGAAUGGCCCACCACACUGCAGUGACAAUGAGGGCUGUUUGCCGGGAUGUGUGUGUAACAAUGGCUUUGUGUGGAAAGGAAGGGCUUGUGUGCCUGUGCACCAGUGCGGUUGUGUGGACAGGGAUGGCAACAAACACAAUUUCAAUGACGUGUGGUACACUAAUCACUGCAGUCAGAAAUGUGAAUGUGACAAGGACGAUGGUAUGGGGAAGAUUGACUGUGAUGACGAAGAUGAGUGUGAUGGAAAUUCCAUCUGCCUUCAAAAUGGAGACGGAAAUUAUUACUGCCAGUCAACAGGCUUCAGGGAGUGCACCAUCAAGGGAGACCCUGAGUACAGAACAUUUGAUAAAAUGAAGCAUGACUUUAAGGGUGAACACUCAUAUGUGCUGGUCAGGACCACCAAUUUGCCGAAUAACAUCCCAGAUGUCUACAUCGAGGCCAUCAAUAAACGUACCGUAGGGGAUGACGACGAUGAUCAGGAACAAAGUGACAGUAGCAGUGAAGAAGAUCACAGUCACAGAGUCCGGGACAACGACGAUGACAACGACGAUGACGACGACGACGAUGAUGACGACAAAGAUAAUGAAGACGACGACGACAGUGAAGAGCAUGAGAACCACCACAGAUUACGAGAGCUUAAAAUCAGAGUCUACAAUCACACUGUGGAGUUGAAGAGGAAUCGUAGGCUGAUCGUCAAUGGAAGGAGAACUAAUUGUCCUGUCUCACCAACUGCUGGUCUAAAAAUUAGGGAGCACUCCUCUCGCAUCUACCUGAAGACCGACUUCGGCCUCUCUGUGGAGUUUGAUGGACGCAGUUCAGCAGAGAUCAUUCUACCACGCAUUUAUAAAAGGAAGGUGGGGGGCCUGUGUGGAAACUUUGACGGUCACAGGUCAAAUGACAAGAUGAAGCCAGAUGGUACAAGGGCUCGGAGCACUCAAGAGUUCGGGGAGAGCUGGAGAGUGUGAAUGUCAGAUUGACGUACGGACCAGACAUGGCACUUAACUGCAGACUGGGGAGGCUUUGACCACCAGCUGAUAUCAGUACUGUUUCCGUUUACAUGAAAACUCCACACUUGUAAUGUCACUUUUUAUGAAAAUCAAUAGACAGAAUGAACUGUUCCCUCACACUUCCCCUCACAAACCAAAGCUGUGAAAUAUAUUUUGGUAAUGGAGUCCUGUUUUUGCAGCACUUGUAAGCUUCGAUGGCUAUUUUUAAAAUGUUACUCAUGUCUUUCAAACACCUACAAUCUACUUAUUUCAACACAUCAAUGUACUCAGCGACAACCUAUUAAACUUUAUUCUUUGUGUCAUUGCAAUGUCUGCUACCUAUUUAAAGUAAAAUAUUCUAACAUUACACACUAUGUGAUUUAACAUAGUAAUGCCUACACUGAAACGGGGACACCAGUUUUCAUUCAAACGGAUUAUGCUAAAUUAUCUGAUACUUCUGGCAUUAAAUUAAAACGUGUACUGAGAAAACAUUAAAAAAAACUUCUUGCACUGUGAACGGGUAUUUGACUAUUAUUGCAUAUUUGUCGGUUUUCUGUUAUUAAACCUGCACUGUGGUCACA